CGCGCAGCGAGGCUUGUUCAUGUGGUCUUCCACGCUGGCCUCAUGCUUCACCUCUCCUCUGGCUCGAGUUGUCCUUUCCCUGGGCAGCGCAGCAGCAAGCGUGGCGAGCACGGGCGCCUUCUCAGCGUAGCAGGCGCCCACUGUUGUUGGUGAAAUUUCUUUUGCGCAAUGGCGAGGUUGGUAAGCCACGUUGCCCUUCUUUUCUUUGCUGACGCCCCCUUGGGUACGCUCGCCGCGCGGGUGCAGGCCGGGAGCAAUGACGGAGACCUCCGCGUGAGCUCCAGUGAGGGAUCGGCGUUGACACCGAUGCCGGGGAUCUUCACGACGAACAAGUUGGAGUAUGAUCCACUGGCCAGGUAUUCCGAGGGUCAGAACAUCACGGAUGGAUUCGAUGCGCAAUUGCUCAUCAUUUGGCUCGCGAGGGCGGCACAGAAAAACCCGGACCAGGUCGCACUGCGGGCGCCGAAACAGGACAAGGACGGGAACCUCCUGCCGAAGUCAGGCUUUAACAAGUUCAACCCCACCGCCCAUACCCAUCAGUAUGAAAAGUAUACUUGGAAGCAGUAUUACAAUCUUGUCAUACAAGCGGCCGCCGCCUUCCAGAGCAUGGGGCUCAAGCCCAUGGAUGCAGUCAACAUCAAAGGCCUCAACUCGCCGGAGUGGCUCAUCACCUUCCUCGGAUGCAUCGCUGCAGGCGGCCUACCUGUUGGCCUGUACCCAACGGACAGCCCUGACACGGUCAAAUUCAAGGCACAAGAUUCAGGGGCAACGUUCAUUGCUGUGGGGAAGGCCAGGGAUCUCCAGACCUAUUCGGAAUUCCUCAACGAGGAGAGCUUCAGCUCCGUAAAGGCUGUGAUCUACUGGGAUGCGAACCCCUUGCACCCAGAGUCGCUGGACCAGGAACUGAUCAAGAAGCUCAGUGGCAAUCGCCGCAAGGUGGUAAUGUGGAAGGACUUCCUCAAAACCGGAGCAUCGCUGCCUGCUGUUUUCAGGGACCGGGUCCGGCAGCAGGUGGUGGAACAGAAACCUGGUCAGGCCGCGACCGUGGUCUACACUUCUGGCACAACUGGGAAUCCCAAGGGCGUGCUUCUGUCGCAGGACUCGCUCACGUGGUCAGCCACUCAGGUCGCGAAGGAGCUUCUGACAAAAGGUGUCAAACACAUGAGAAUUGUUUCUUACCUCCCGUUGAACCACAUAGCAGGCCAGAUGUUGGACAUCGUCGCGCCUCUCUACAUUUCCUCCCGCGCGGGUGGCGAAUAUGCGACAACGUUCUUCCCAGCAGUUUGCUUUGUGAAGAAGACAUGCUUCAAGGAACAGCUGAAAGAUGCGUCGCCCACCCUCUUCCUGGGUGUGCCCGAGGUCUGGGACGGGCUGAAGAUGAAGAUUGAGGACGCAACUAAGUCAUGGCUGUUUGGCAAGAUCAACGACAUAGCCCCCGCAAUGUUGUUGAAAGGCGUCGGGCUUGGCUCAGUGGAGUACGCACUUUCUGGCGCGGGGCCCAUCACGAAAAGCACCUUGAAGUUCUUUAGCGGCAUGGGGCUGAACAUUUUGAACCUCUUCGGCCAGAGCGAGUCGUCGGCCCUGGGGACUGGCUGGAGGAAUGAAGACUUCAGUAACUUCAACGUGGACGAGAAGUUCGGCAGCAUUGGUCGCCCUCUGGCUAACAAGUUCAGGCUCGUAGAUAAGGACAGCGAGGGUCAGGGCGAAAUUCAGCUUUGGGGUCGGAACAUCAUGCUCGGCUAUAUGAACCGCCCUGACAAAACGGCGGAAGCCAUAACGGAGGACGGUUGGCUCAAGACUGGGGACUUAGGCCGCCAAGAUUCAGAUGGAUUCGUCUGGCUCACCGGCCGUCUAAAAGAGAUCAUGAAGGACAAGGGGGGUGAGAUGAUUGCUCCUGUUGCCGUGGAGGAGGGCAUCAAGCUUGCUUGCAACAAGCCGGGCGCGAGCAUCAUCAAGCAUGUGAUUGUCGUGGGCGACGGGAAAUAUUACAUCUCGGCACUGCUGACGCUCGUCGAGGCCGCAGUGGAGGGAGUCCCAAAUGGCCAGCUGGCUGGCUCGGCCAAGGACGUGGACAGAAUAGCCAAGACAGUGGCGGAGGCCAUGUAUAGCCCAAGAUGGGCCGCCACACUCUCGCAAUGCAUCGCAGAGUAUAACGCUGUUGCGGCGAAAUCUCAGGAGCGUGUGUUUCGCUACUGGAUCUUGCCGAAGGACAUCACGAGAGAGGACUCCCCGGACCUCAUGACGCAGACCUUCAAGAUCAAGCGCACAGAGGUCAGCAAGAAGUACGCGGCGGAGAUCGAAGCGUGCGGCGGCGACGAGGCGCUGACCAGCAGGGAGGUGAAGGCGUGCGGCUCCGCGUGAGGCCGAGUUGGUCACGGAUCUGGUGAGGCUGCUCCCACAGGAGGAAGACCCGCACGGGCAAGAGAGGAUCACCGAGAGGCUCCACAGGCUGAGGAGGCCGGGCGCGCGCAGGAGCGCGGAAAAGCGUGCACACGAGAGAGUCAUGCGAGAGCACGUGUUGGACGCUCGCAGCGCCUCCGCCCCGCUCCUGCCCCGCCCGUCACAGCCCCCAGACGUUCCCAUCGGCACAGCUGUUUGCGAGGUCGUCCAUACUCUUAGGAUUGAGCGG